UUUCUUUUUCAGCUGUAAACGUUAUGGGGCUAAUGAUAUGUCUUUAUUUUAUUGUCCAGAGAUCAUGUACCACUGUCCUGAUAGUCUUGGUGGCGGUGAUAGCCUUGGGUCUCCAUCAAUCAGCGCCAAAAACUGGCUGGCUUGACCGUCUAGUGCAAUACCACAAGGAAAGGUUCAUCAACGAACUUAGAAAGGUGAAAUCCUAUACACCUAAUACUGCCAGCACAACCAUCGAAUCUACUCCAUUUAACGCAACUCUAUUACCCAGACCAUCUGGAUUCGUGGAUUCAGGUGAAUGGAAUUUUGACUCAGUGAUGAGACUUAUGAUUAUGUUGAAGUCUAGUGAAGCAGCCAAACCUACCCUCAGAACCUUGAGACGCAUGCUCCAACCCACACGACGUAUAAUGAUGUCCAUGAAGGAAAGCAUGAAAAAGUUCCCGGGAUUGAAUGCAGAAUCCAACGACAUUUACUAUGAGAUUGAGUAUACGAGUCAAGAGGACUCUGUGCCCGCACCAGAACCGCCCCCAGAAGAUCAAGUAGUAGUGGUGGUGUCCAACCCCGUCGAGGCUCGUUUACCAAGUACCCGCAUCAGCGUACAACUUCUUAGAGAAAUAUUGAUAGCUCGUGCACGAGCAGCAAGGCAGAUGCCGACCACGAAACCGCCCGUCAUUCCAUGGAAACCUAUGAAAUCAACUACUACGACCGCGAAGCCUGCUUCACAAGCAUCAUCAUCAGCACCAGGUGAACCAACACCACAACCAGAAGGAGAAACAUCACCAGAAGGAGAAGGAGAAUCAACGACAGAAUCAGAAUCAGAAUCAACGACAGAAUCAAAAUCAGAAUCAACGACAGAAUCUAACUCAACGACAGAAUCAAACUCAACGACAGAAUCAGAACCAACGACAUAAAAAGCUGGAACAUAAUAACGGUAUAGGAUUGUGUCCACACAAUAAAACAAUAUUUAUUUACAGUAUCAGUAGUUUCAAGAGUAAUUAACAAUUGUAAACAAGACCUUAAAAUUCAACACAGAACCUAUCAGCUGAAAAUAUUGUUUUUGUUUGCAAAAACUAUAACUGAAGUAACACAAACUACAAAAAUUGAGUUGAAAGAGAGGACCGAGUAGACUACAAUACUCUAUGCAAGUUUUUAAUGCAGACUAGACUAAGAUUACACCUAAACCGAAUAUAGGAUAUAUUCAUAAUUUUGGUUUUUGGGUAAGUACA